AGUGACGUCAUACAUACCGGACAUGUUAUUUUAGUAAGCACGAACAGAGAUAGAAGCGUUGCAAGUCUACGGAAACAUCAAUAUAGAAAAUUCAAAUGGGAUGUGGGUCAAGUAAAUUGUCUCUCCUUUCAAACAAAAAGGAAGUUACUGAGAAACACACUCCACAUUUCAAGCGUCUGAAAAAACUUAAGCAAGAGGACAUUUUGCAUCUUCAUGAUGGCUGCGUUGCUCCACAUUUUGGAAAGAGUGGCCUUGCUUUCUACGUCCCUGUGGAGGAAAAUAACCGUAGUGGUGAAAAUAAACGUCAUGGCUUCGAGAACAAACCAGCUUUAUCGAGUGAGAAGCAUGUAGAAUGUACUUUGUCGACGUCUCUUCGAUCAACAGCAGAAGAAAGGGAACUUUUAGCGGACAUAAAGAAGGAAGAAAAGCUACAAGAAAAGGCGCGUAAAGCGAAAAUGGCCGAAGAAAAACGUCUGCUUGUUUUACAGAGAAGAGAGCAAAAGGAGCGAGAAGUUAGAGAGAAAUAUGAAGCAAAAGUCAAGAAAAUGGAGGAAAGAAAACAGGAAGUUCAGAAUCGUCUCCGGCCACCAAACUCGAAGGUGCGGUCAUAUCAUGGUGGUGACACUAGUGAUAUGAAGUCUAAAAACUCGUCCAUGUUUGAAUUUGGGAGUAGCCAUUAAAUUUAUACGAUUAAUUGUUAAAAGUAGUGAUUAAUUGUUAUACUUGAUAAUUUGAAAUGGAAACUGCCUUUAAUUGUAAAUUAUAAAGAGAAAUAGAAGAAAUUAUAAACAAUUUGAAUUACAA